AUGUCGUCAAAUCAGGUCGAUCCUUUUAUGGGCGGUCCGCGAAAUCUGGACGCGGCGAGUGAAGCUGAAUCUGUCCAGAACGCCUGGGAAGAUAAUCGCGCAUUUGCUGUACCCAGGAUAAGCCCGUAUUCUGUUUCAGAGACAGUUCUGCCCCCAACGAAUGAAUCUCCUCUUCAGCCGGGUACUUCCCAGUCCAAGCCCACUAACCUAAACGACGAAGACUUUGGCGACUUUGUAACAGCGUCCACUGAUCCUUUGAAGCGACCCAUCUACGAUACAACGGAUAAUGAGAGCGAAACACAGGGGCUAUUGAACUCUUUUUCUGCGCCUGUGUGGGAAGCUGAUACUUACAUCGGCAUGGGCCUUGUCGAGCCUGUCAUCGCUGGGAUAGGCAUGUUCAAACGGACAGUAUUACCGGCAAGGAAUCUGGCUACCUGGAAACUGAACAAAAGUCGAGCACAGAUGAUUAUGGAAGAACACAAGAAAAGGCGACUGCAAAAGCGUGUGGUCUCGGCGACUCCUACACCUGCCCCAUCUCCUACGAAGAAGGGCGCAACGGGGGUCACCACUAGUUCAUUCGGAGCUGACUACAACCAGUAUCUAGACACGCACAGUAGAGAUAUUUCAGCGUCGGACCUGAACGGAGUGAUGCGACCAGUAAGCUUGACAGCACCGAUCGAUGAGUUGAUGGAGACCGAGCGUAAGGCUUGGGGGCCUUAA